UUGCAAGUGACGAUAAAAUGAAAACAUGUGUUUUUGGGACAAGUUGCAUGUUGCAACAAACAUUUAUGUUUCAUCCUUAAAAAAAGAAAAAAACAAGUUGUGGUUAAUGUCACAUUCAUGUUUGGUAAUAAUAAGAUUAAUGUCUUUGGAUUGUUCUCAUUACUAGGUUGUUAUAAACCCAGUACUUGAAUCAAACAUUACCUUAAUCUUUUCACUUACCAUAGAAUCAACCAUGGUGAACGAGCAUCUUGAGUAUGUGUUUGUUCCAUUGGGACUGUUGGUGUUCUUUUUCUACCACAUGUGGCUUCUCUUCACCAUUCUUCGUGAACCUCAUCGAACUGUCAUUGGCUUAAACGCUGAGUCUCGUCAUCAAUGGGUUUAUGCCAUGAUGGGUGAUCCCUUCAAGAACGGUGUUUUAGCGGUCCAAACAAUCCGCAACAAUAUCAUGGCAUCGACUCUUCUUGCUACAACAGCGAUCACAUUAAGCUCACUGAUCGGUAUUUUUGCUAGCAGUUCGUGGAGUUCUGACGACAAUUCUUCCAUACUUCAGAGUACUUCUUCAAUCAAACGAAUAUCGAUUACUAUCUGCUUUCUUGUUGCAUUUUUAUGCAAUGUUCAGUCUAUUAGAUGCUACUGUCAUGUCAGCUUUUUAAUCACCGCGCCUACACUCCGAGAUAAAAACGCGUAUAUGGAAUAUAUUGCUAAGACGUUGAAUCGCGCAAGUCACUCUUGGUCACUCGGAUUGCGAGCAUUUUACUUGUCGUUUCCUCUCUUCCUAUGGAUUUAUGGACCUAUACCGAUGUUUGCUUGUUGCUGCUUGACAUCAUUCUGUUUGUACUUUUUGGAUACAACAGCUAGAAUCACAAGAGAUCUUCACAGUAAUUCGUUCACGAAGGAGAGUAAUGAUGUAGAAUCUGCAUUGGAGCCUGAUUAUCAUCCUUUAGCCGGUAACGAUUUAGCUCGAAAUGCAGCUGUAGAUAAUGUGUAGUUGAUGUAUAUUCGUAGCCAAUUUUAGCGAUCCUUUUGUGUAUGAUUCUGUUAAUAAGUAUGAACAUGUACAUUGGAAUGUGCAUUGGAUGUUAGAAGGAUUCAGAGAGUAGAGUUCUUGUUUCUUGUUCAUGUCUGUAGAAUUCGUUUGAAGUACAUUUGCAUCUGUUACUUGUGGGUCUGGAUAUAUUUUUCGACAUAUUUUCACA